AUCAGAUCAAGGAGAGGAGAUUGUGAAACUGUAAAACCGUAAUCAAAUAAGUUCGUACAAUAAAUUAACUCAAAGCAAAGGUCAGCUAUAGAAAAUGUGCAUAAAAAACUGCGAAGACAUCAAAUUCCGGAACUGCAAAGGUGGAGAAAUCGGCAAUGAAGGUGGAAAGAAUAACGUCAUCCACGCAUCGUCCUCCGGCCACGAGUAUUUUCAAUUACAGCUGCAGUUGCAGUCCAAGCUCAACAAGCAAAGGCAAAAAGGAUCUAAGUUUCCCAACUUCAGGAUUAUUAUGUGUUGUUGCUACUUAAUUAUCAUGGUCCUGAUGAUUUAA